AUGGCCGCUGCUGCUGAAAUCGUGUCACAGGAUCCGGUGGUGCCCACAAAGCACACUGUUGCUCAUCCUUUCUGCCCACUGUCUGGAGACGAGAUAAGAGCCGCUUCUGCUCUUGUCAAGAGCGUCUGGCCGUCAAACGCAGACCUCCGUUUCAAGGUUGUGACACUCGAUGAGCCGGCAAAGAAAGACUUUUUGCCAUACCUCGACGCUGAGCACAGCGGUGCGCCGCUCCCCAGCAUCGACCGCAAGGUCUUCGUGGCUUACUACAUCAGGAACACCGACCGCUUUCAUGAGGCCAUUGUGAACUUGACUACCAGCAAAGUCGAGUCCAACGUCCGACUUGGCCCCAACAUCCAUGGCAAUGCCGACUACGAUGAAAUUCUGCAGGUCGAGGAGAAGACACUUGCGAACGACCAAGUUAAGGCGGCCAUUGCGAAGCUUCAGCUUCCAAAAGAGGCCGUCGUCUGCUGCGAUCCUUGGAUCUACGGCUCGGACGGCGUCAAAGACGAUGACCGAUAUUUCCAGUCUUUCCUCUACAUGCGCGACCCGGCCAACCCGAACGAACUCGACUCCAACCACUAUGCAUUCCCGCUGCCCAUCACCGCCGUGCUCGACAGCCGCGACUUCUCCGUCAUCAGCGUCGACUGGCUCCCCAUCGGCGCCGACGCCACCGUCAAGCAGCCGGCGCCCUACCAAGCCAAGCCACCCAACGAAUACAUCCCCGAGUCUCAAACGCCGCGAACGGACCUCAAGCCUCUGCAGAUUGUGCAACCCGAAGGCGCUUCCUUCACUCUGACGCCCGUAGGCGAGACGGGCCACCUGCUCUCGUGGCAGAAAUGGACCUUCCGCAUCGGCUUCAACCAGCGCGAGGGUAUGGUGCUCUACGACGUCCGCUACGACUCCCGCCCCCUCUUCUACCGCGUGUCUCUCUCCGACAUGAACAUCCCGUACGCCGACCCGCGCGCGCCGUUCCAUAAGAAAUCCGCCUUCGACCUCGGCGACGCCGGCGCGGGCGCCAUGGCCAACAACCUACAGCUCGGCUGCGACUGCCUGGGCCACAUCGCCUACCUGGACGGCGUGGUGUCGGACGACCAAGGCCAGCCCGUGGACAUGCCGAACGCGGUCUGCAUCCACGAGCAAGACGCGGGCAUCGGAUGGAAGCACACCAACUACCGCACGGGCCGCGCCGCCGUGACGCGGGCGCGCGAGCUCGUCAUCCAAUCCAUCAUCACCGUCAGCAACUACGAAUACAUCCUCGCGUUCCAAUUCAACACGGCGGCCGAGCUGCACUACGAGGUGCGGGCCACGGGCAUCCUCUCGACGCAACCCAUCGACCACGCGCUCGACCACAUCGGCGUCCCCUUCGGCACGGUCGUGCACCCGGGCGUGCUGGCCGCGCACCACCAACACAUCUUCUCCCUGCGGCUGGACCCCAUGCUCGACGGCCCAACCAACACCCUCACCUACAGCGAAGCGCACCCCAUGCCCCUCGACCCCAGCACCAACCCGCACGGCCACGGCUACACCGUCACUGACACGACCGUCGCCCACUCCGCGGGUCUGGACCUGGCGCCCCAGCACAACCGCGUCUUCAAAAUCACCAACCCAACCUCCGUGAACCCCAUCAACGGCAAACCCGUGGCCUACAAGAUCAUGGCCCCGCCCUUCCAACCCAUCCUCGCCCACCCCAGCUCCUUCAACUUCAAGCGCGCCGAAUUCGCCGACCACGCCGUGUACGUCACGUCGCACCGCGACCGCGAGCUGUACGCGGGCGGGUGGUACACGAACCAGUCGCGCGGCGGGACCGGUGUGCGCGCCUGGGCCGCGCGGCACGACGACGUGUCUUCCACCCACGCGGACCCCGUCGUGUGGGUGCAGUUCGGCAUCAACCACGUGCCGCGCGUGGAGGAUUUUCCCGUCAUGCCGUGCGAGGUGCUCAAGGUGAUGCUGAAGCCGGUGAAUUUCUUUGGCCGGAACCCCGCCGGGGAUGUGCCCAUGAGUGAGCAGGCGGGGAAUAAGAGCGUGUUGCACGAGGUUCAAGAGCAAAAGGGGGCUGGGAAUCUGCAUGCGCAGGGUGGCGGGGUCGAGGUCAAGGUUGGGGAGUGCUGUGGGGCGGCGGCGCAGGCGCCGGCGUCGAAGCUGUGA